ACAAUGACGACCUCGACGACGACAACGACGGCGACCGCGGGGUUCCCCGUCGCCCGAGGUCGAGGCCAUGGCUAUCGCGGCCGAGACGCAGGACCUGCUCAUGAGCCUCCGCCAGACCGACGCCAAGCAGCAGGACGAGGUCCGCUCCAAGAAGGACGAGCUGCUGCAGAAGCUGCGAGCCAAGACGCGCCCGGCGCCGGCAGCACGCCCCGCCAUGCUGUCGCCCUCGAAGGAGAAGCACGCGAUGCAAAUACCGGUGGCGCGCGCCAUGGCGCACCCGCUCCUCCACGGCAAGAAGCGCAUGCUUGGUCAGAUCAAGAAGACGGCGCUCGCGCAAGGCGCCGACAGCAUGGCCAAGCUCUUUGGCUACAAGAACCACCACGAGCAGCAGCAGCACCUCAAGAAAGAAGAGGAAGCUCGCAUUCAGUUCAACGCGCUCAAGAAGCAGCAAGACGACGCGGUGACACUGGCCUCGACGCGCGAUCCAGACGACGACGACGACGACAGCGACUACGUCGACGGUGAGCCCGAGAACCAAGCCGCGUCGAACGCAGAGGAAUACGUUGACGUUGACGCAAUGGACAAUGGCUUGGAGCCGACUCUGGACGACGACAGCGCCGCUCGGCCGACCGACGCGCCACCCGCUGACAAGAACCCUCGGCACGGCAGCGCGUCGCCGGAAGCGCCCGAUGCCAUCCACGACGAUGUCACGCCUUUGCUGGAUACAAGCGUCAAGGGCAAUGACGCCGAUGACGCCGAGGACGAGGACGAGACGACCGUUGUCCAGGCCAAGGGCCGGACGAAGCGUCGUAUUACCGCCUUGAGCGACGACGAGGACGGAGCUGACGCCGAUGACGAAAGUGACUCCGACGCCGCUGCCCAGCGCGCCAAGGACAAGGCGGCGCAGUUCCGCGCGAUGCUGGCGGCCGAAGACGCCAACACCAAGCAGCGCAAGCGGCUCGGGCAAAAGACGUCGGGGCUUGUCGAGUCGGAGGCCGAAGAGGAAGCGGAAGACGACGUGCUCCAGAUUGGCGGGCUCGGCGACUUUGGCUUUGGCGUCCCCGUCGCGUCCACCGAGGCUGACAAGGAGCGCGAGGAGGAAGCCAAGGCGCUGACCUUGCGCGAAGACGACCUCGAGCACAUCGUCGACGAGCUCUCGGACGACGAGAAGGACAAGGAUGCGGACGAGGCGUUCCGCGACGACAUGGCGGCCCGCGACCGCGACCAGAUCUCCGAGGUCAUGCGGAACGUGCGCGAAGGCUUUGGGCGCAACCGCCGCAUCUUCUCGACGGGUCUUAGCAAUGGCGAAGCGCGCGGUCGGUUCCACCUCAACGACCUCGUCGCCGCGGAUGGCAGCAAGCAGGAAGCGGCGCGUCUUGGGCUCCUCGAGUCGGACGAAGAGGCCAACGAGAACGAGGCCGAAGACGAGGAAGAGCGCAUGGAGCGAGAACUCCGCGACCGCUUCUUGCACCAACCCCAGAUCUACAUUACGUCGUCCGAAUCCGAGAGUGAACACGAAGACGACAGAGAGACAGCGGUCGCGGACGUCGUUGUUUCCGACGACGACGAGCGGGAAGCGCGCCAAAUGAAGCUCUUCUCGGCCAAAGCCAAGAUCAACCGGCGCAUGCACCGCAUGGCCCAGCUGCAGAAAGCGAAUGCAUCGGGGGACCGGCAAAAAACCAAAGCGUUGCCGACGCUUCUCGACGACGACAUGGACGACUCGUUUGAGCUGGUCAAGAGCUUGCGGGGACCGCUCCCACCCGCUGUACCGACGCUCAAGAAGCGCACGUCGUACUCCCUCACGUCCACGUCGUCAUCCUUCGCGCGCAUCGCCGACACGUGCAAGAUGUUUCCCACGUCGUCGACGUCCAAGGCCUUUGUGUUUUCCAACAGCUCGUUUGCGACGCCCGAGACGUCCACAGACGCGCACGACGAGCCGCGCGAAAAAGAGAACGAGGCGCUGCUCAACGCCAGUCGGAAGCGACCGGCGGCGCCAAUCGUGCUGGGUGCAACGGCGAAGAAGGCCAAGACGACGCCAAAGGCCAAGCCCCCAAAGAGCGCGCUCCUCUCGGCGCUCUCCGACUACCAAUGUAACUAGUACCGCUAAGAAAUCGCACACGCCAUUUCCUCUAUACGA